GGAGUUUAUCACUUUUUACAAACUAACAUAAGCAACCACUCUCAUCUAUAUAUACUCUCUAAGCCAUCAAUUUCAUUCUCAUUCAAAUUAAAAAUGAUGACAUGCAAAUUGCAGUUAGGGGCAUUUGCUAGCAGCAGCAACCAUUACAGGCAGCAGGGAGCACCCAAUAAAGUGAGCUCCUGUUUGAUGGUUGCCACUGAUGAUCAUCAAGACACCUUUUAUAAGACUAACCUCCCUACCAAGUUGGCCAAAACUUAUGUGCCUACUAUGAAACCCUUAUUAGAAAAGGAGCUGCAAGAGAGGAAUAAUAAUACUGAUGCCCCCAUCAUUAACUCUGGUAAAUUUGGUAGGUUUGGAGGCAAGUUUGUACCUGAGACACUUGUAGUUUGUUUGAGCCAGCUUGAAGCUGAGUUCAACAAGGCCCUACAUGAUGAAUCUUUUAAGGCAGAGCUAGCAGAGUCAUUAAAAGACUUUGCAGGGAGAGAGACGCCACUGUAUUACGCGCGGCGGUUAUCGGAGUACUACAAGAUGAACAACAAUGGAAAAGGCCCUGACAUAUACCUCAAGAGAGAAGAUCUCAACCACGGUGGCUCCCACAAGAUGAACAACGCUCUUGCACAGGCCAUGAUUGCCAAACGCAUGGGUAGAAAGAGCGUCGUGACGGCCACCGCAGCUGGACAACACGGCAUCGCAACCGCCGCAGCCUGCGCUAAGCUUGGUUUGGAAUGCACAGUGUUCAUGGCCGCCAAAGAAAUGGAGAAGGAAAGUUCUAACGUGCAGUUGAUGAAACUGUUAGGUGCUAAGGUAGAAGGGGUUAAUGGAAGCUUCAAGGACGCAGCAUCGGAGGCAUUUCGGUGUUGGGUGGGAGAAAUGGAAAACAGUUACCACUUGACGGGUUCGGCAGUUGGGCCGCACCCGUGCCCGACGAUGGUGCGUGAGUUUCAGUCAGUGAUAGGGAGAGAAACGAGGAAGCAAGCGUUGGAGAAAUGGGGAGGGAAACCAGACGUGCUGGUAGCGUGCGUGGGGACUGGAUCUAACGCUCUUGGUUUGUUCCAUGAGUUCUUACAAGACAAGGAUGUGAGGCUCAUUGGUGUUGAGGCCGGUGGGUGCGGCUUGGAGAGUGGGAGACACUCUUCCACACUCGCCACUGGUGAAGUGGGUGUGUACCAUGGAGCCCUCAGCUACCUCUUGCAGGAUCAGGAUGGACAAAUUAUUGGACCACACUCCAUUGCCCCUGGGAUGGAGUAUCCAGGAGUUAGUCCUGAGUUGAGUUACCUAAAAGAAACCGGACGCGCCGAAUUCUGCGUUGCAACUGAUCAAGAAGCUCUUGAUGCUUAUGAAAGAUUAUGCAAAUUGGAAGGCAUAUUUCCAUCAUUGGAGGCUGCUCAUGCAUUGGCUAUCUUAGAUAAUCUGGUCCCUACUUUAUGUGACGGCAGCAAGGUCGUUGUAAACUGCAGUGGUUGUGGAGAUAAGGAUGCAGCUGUAGUCUUUGAUCGCAAAUUAUUUCAUGGAAAAUUUUAAGCUCACAAAGGGAGGAGAUCAGAGAGGGAGGGAAAGGGGGGGGGGGGGGGGGGUUUGGCGGGAUGGAGGAUUAGACAAAUAGGAAUAAUUAAUUCAUUAUUAUUUUGUUUGUACCAAUCCGUGUAUAGUCCAUCCUCACUUAGCCAUUUUGGCCAAGUUGUAUAGUAUAGUAUAAGUAUAGUUGCUUUAAUAAUUUCUUUCCCCCAUAUGAAUUGAAAUCGUAUAUAUGUUGUCUCCUUAA